AUGAGACUGUUGCUCGCCGUCUUCGCCCUGCUGCCGGCCUCGUCGCUCGCCAGGGAUAUCGUCUUCCCGCCCGUGCACGCCGUGCCCGCGCAAGCUGUGCUCGGUCUCAGCGCCAGCGGCGCUGACGAUGUUGAUAUCAUCUCCGGCAGCCAGUUCUCGGGCCUAACGACGUUUGCCAAUGUGCCCUAUGUGAACUGCUUCGUCGACGCCGAGGCCGCGAAGCAGCGGUACGAUAUUGCCUUUCUGGGCGCCCCCUUCGACACGGGCGUCACCGGCCGGCCCGGCGCGCGAUUCGGCCCCGGCGGCAUCCGCCGAGGGUCGCGCCGAAUCGAGGCGCGCUCGGCCUGGAGCAUAUAUACCGGCGUGAACAAUCUCCGCGACUGGGCGAGCAUCGUCGACUGCGGAGACGCGCCGCUGACCUUCUUGGACAACACCGUUGCGCUAAGGCAGCUCGACAAGGCCCACAAGAUCAUUUCUUCGCGGCCAGCAAACUCGACAAAAAUCCCCUCCGCUCCUCGAAUUAUCACUCUCGGGGGUGAUCACACGACCACGCUCUCGGCGCUGCGAUCAACCUACGAAAAAUGGGGGCCGGUGUCGGUCAUUCACUUCGAUAGCCAUAUUGACUCUUGGGACCCAGCCGUGCUAGGCGGUGGAAUAUCUGAUUAUGCGGGCGUGAACCACGGCACCUUCUUGCACAUUGCCCACGAAGAGGGCCUCGUCCGCAACAGCUCGAUCCACGUCGGAAUCCGUGCGCCGCUGAUCCGCCCAAAGGGCGAUCUCCGCAACGACAUCCGCUGCGGGUUCGACAUCGUCACCGCCCGCGACAUCGACAGGAUCGGCGCGUCCGGGAUCGUUGAAGCGAUCAAGAAGCGGGUCGGGUCGAGCAAUGUUUACAUCAGCGUCGAUAUCGACGUCCUCGAUCCCGCGUUUGCACCUGCCACGGGCACCUCGGAGCCGGGUGGUUUCUCGACUCGAGAACUCCUUACCAUCCUCGAUGGGCUGAGCGGGAUUCGCAUUAUCGGCGGCGACGUCGUGGAGGUCACGCCCAUCUAUGACACGGCCGGUGAGACGACCGUGCUGGCUGCGGCCGAGGUCGCUAAUUCCUUGCUGGGGUUGAUGAUCGCGAAGCCUGUUUCUACUGGCAAAUCCUUAUAA